GUAACAAGUGAUGAACAUGACAACAUGACAGUCUCCAUUUGUGCUCUCCACAAAUCAUGGAUUUUAAACUGUGCACAAACUGAUGAGCUUGCAAUUUUAAUGGACUAAUUGGCCACAAGCUUAAGUACAAAACAUGAUCAAUGGCGAAAGACCUCCAUUCUCCGCUGUGGAGGUGUUAUACAGAAGUGAGAACUUCCUGGUGGUGAACAAGCCCUACGAUGUGGUGUUGAACUGGGACGACCCCUCCAGGACAGACACUCUUCAGCACCUCCUACAGGAGAGGUUCCCAGACCUGGUAGACCAGUCACUGAAACACUGUUUCAGGUUUGUCCACAGACUAGACUACUCCACCAGUGGUCCCGUCUGUAUCGCACUGAACAAAAAGGCUGCUGGGCAUGCUGGGAAGGCUUUCUGUCAAAAACAGGUCAUCAAGCAAUAUCUAGCCUUGGUGCGUGGCCACAUUAGCGAGGACCACCUGUCCAUCGACAAAGCCAUCGGUGAGCAGGUCACACCUGAUGCACCUGUCCCCAUGUGUGUGGAGGGCACACCUGGCUGUCAGCACCCCAGGGAUGCUGUAACUCAGCUGACUGUGGUGGAGAGAGGCCUGUUUGAGGGGCAGCCAGCUACAAAAGUUCAACUGUGUCCUGUGACAGGUAGAAGACACCAGUUACGUGUGCAUUGCCAGAGCAUCGGACACCCGAUAGUAGGGGACUACACUUACAGCUGCCGCCAGGACACCGAGCCUUACAGGAUGAUGCUGCACGCACAGAAACUCCUCAUCCCGCUCAAAGGCGAGGUCAUCGACAUUGAGACCGUUGACCCCUUCACAACAACCUUUGACCCACGUUGGCAAAGUGCAGAAAGAUAGCAGUGUCAGAACUUCUGUUUGUAGGAACUAGUAUUUAUAAUAUUUAUAAUACUUGUACUAUGGUAUAAAGAAUGGAAAAAAAAUAUUUUGACCUAAAGUUACCAAUUACCAGGAAUGACGGUGUCCUGAAAAGGAAUGAGCGGCCCAAAUUGGAACAGGACAUUCCUACCUGCGCCAGAGGAACUCUACUCUACUCUAUUUAUUCUACUCUACUCAAUUAUAAAACUGCAUAAAAGUAGAUAGAUAGACUACCAUCGAUCAGAUCACAUACAUCUGUGAUGGUGCUGUGGUAGGAUUGACACAUUUACUUGGUAAUAUGCAGUUUGAAGAUGAAUUGAAUGGGUGAUUACCCAAAACUGCAUGUUGGAAGGCAAUAUCACA